CCAUAAACCAACGAUUGAUUAUUAUUAGCUCUGCUGUUGUUGUGUGUUUUCUUAUUCUCACAUUACUUACGUGGGUAUGUAGAAAGUACAGGACACAAUCAGCUGUCCCGUCUGCUGUGGACAACGCUACUGUUGCAAAAAUUGUGAAUAGCCCGAGGUCACCCGAAGACAUAAAUAGAGCACAACAUUCCUCAGUGGAUCAUUUCGAACGAAUGCCAUUAGUAAAUACUGGUAUGUCGGAAGUUAGUAUUUCGCCUUCACGCGAACUUGAUGGUGAGGAAAGAAAUAGUACUCACUAUUAUGAAAUACUACCAGAGCUAGUGGACUCAGAUGUUUCCAACGACAAAGCCGGAGAUUCGGAGAAAAUGGCAACUGAAAUGACUCGCUAUGAGAGCAUGCUUCGAAAGAAAGCCAACGAGACAUCACAGGCCCUCACCGCAUUAGGCGAUGCAAGUUCGAGUAGAAAGAAAGACAACGAGGCACCACAGUACCUCACCUUAUUAGGCGAUGCCAGUUUGACUAUAAAGAAAGACAAUGAGACAUCACAGUACCUCACAGCAUUAGGCGAUGCAAGUUUGACUAGAAAGAAAGACAAUGAGACAUCACAGUACCUCACCCCAUUACGCGAUGCAAGUUUGACUAGAAAGAAAGACAACGAGACAUCACAGUACCUCACCGUAUUAGGCGAUGCAAGUUUGACUAGAAAGAAAGACAACGAGACAUCACAGUACCUCACCGUAUUAGGCGAUGCAAGUUUGACUAGAAAGAAAGACAACGAGACAUCACAGUACCUCACCGUAUUAGGCGAUGCAAGUUUGACUAGAAAGAAAGACAACGAGACAUCAGAGUACCUCGCCGUAUUAGGCGAUGCAAGUUUGACAAGAGAGAGAGACAACGAGACAUCACAGUACCUAACCGUAUUAGACGAUGCAAGUUUGACUAGAAAGAAAGACAACGAGACAUCACAGUACCUCACCGUAUUAGGCGAUGCAAGUUUGACUAGAAAAAAAGACAACGAGACAUCGCAGUACCUCACCGUAUUAGGCGAUGCAAGUUUGACUAGAAAGAAAGACGACGAGACAUCACAGUACCUCAUUGUAUUAGGCGAUGCCAAUUUGACUAGAAAGAAAGACAACGAGACAUCAGAGUACCUCGCCGUAUUAGGCGAUGCAAGUUUGACAAGAGAGAAAGACAACGAGACAUCACAGUACCUAACCGUAUUAGACGAUGCAAGUUUGACUAGAAAGAAAGACAACGAGACAUCACAGUACCUCACCGUAUUAGGCGAUGCAAGUUUGACUAGAAAGACAGACGACGAGACAUCACAGAACCUUACCGUAUUAGGCGAUGCAAGUUUGACUAGAAAGAAAGACGACGAGACAUCACAGUACCUUACCGUAUUAGGCGAUGCAAGUUUGACUAGAAAGAAAGACAACGAGACACCACAGAACCUCACCGUAUUAGGCGAUGCAAGUUUGACUAGAAAGAAAGACGACGAGACGUCACAGUACCUCACCGUAUUAGGCGAUGCAAGUUUGACAAGAAAGAAAGACAACGAGACAUCACAGUAA